AGAGAAUUCAAAAACACAUUCCAACCCAAAGAAACAAACAAAAACCAAAGUAGACAAUCCACCCCAAAGCCUAAAAAUAAGGUUCCAACAACUGCUACAGCAUAGCAGAGAGAAACAGCAUCAUCCUAUCUCAUUCAUUUAUACCUUUUAUUUUUUUUCUUUUUCCAGUCCCUAAUCUAUGUAUCUAUCAAUUCUUCAAUAUACAAAUAAAAACCAUUCCAUUAUUUAUCUCUCUCUCUCUCUCUCUGACCCAUUCCAUUAUUUCUCUCUCUAUACAGACACCAACAACAACAAUCAAAGAAAAAACAUUGAAACUACACGCAUCCUUUGAUUUCCAUCAAGAGUCCACACCACACCACACCACACCACUCAACUAAACCCUCUUUUCUCUCUCUCAUCAAUGGCCCAGUUGGACCAAAAUUAAUGUUUCAAGAAAACAAAAAAGAAAGAUUGGAAAAUCAAAAAAGAAAGAGAAGUUAGAUAGAUGUGUUCAAUUGUCCUCCAACCAAACCAACCUUACACACCAUUUUCUCUCUCUCUCUCUCUCUCUCACACACACACACACACAAACACACUCUCUCUCUCAUCGACAAAUAUGUUCCCCGAAUUACCCUUCUGCAAGCCCCCAAAAAAUCCCAUCUUCAUCACUGGUCUUUCAAAAGAACAAUAUUUUUCACCGAGUUAUGUGGGCUUUUUGGGUUUCUUUGUCUUGGUCAGAAUUUUCACAGAGAAAACACCGAGAACCUUCUUACCUCUUCCCAUCUUAUUAACCCUUUCUUUCUUCUUCUUUACUAUCAUCAUUAUCAUUAUUAAUAUUAUUUUCUCUCUUUUCCUCUCUCUCUAUCUCUCUCUCUUUCUCUCACGUUUUCUUCUACCUUCUUCUCUUUUCUCUCUUUCUCCUUUUUACCUUUAGUUGUUCUCUUUGUUCUUUUCUUGUGUGUUUCUUGCUCUUUUCUUUUCUUCUCUGAUCUGAUGAAGAAGAUGAAAGGUGUUGUCUCAAUGAAACCUCCGCCUGAUGUGUAUAUGGAUCAGAGAACAAGAUUGAGGCACCAGAGUCUCCUACAGGACUAUGAAGACUUGCACAAGGAAACAGAAGCCAUGAGAAUGAAAUUGCAGGCUGUGAAGGAGAAAAAGAUGAUGCUAUCAGCUGAAGUUAGAUUUUUAAGGCGUCGUUACAAAUACUUGCUUAAACAUCCUCAGCCAGAGCAUGAUGUUUUAAAGCCACAGAAGCCUAAGAUCUCAAAGGGAAGGAAUUACAGCAGAAAGGAAUCAACUUUACGACCCAACACCGCUUCCAAAUUGAACCCAAAAGAAAGAAUUUUCACUGGUGUUGAAGACACACUGCAAAAAACUAGCCAUGUGUUUGAUUUAAACCAGAAUAGUAGGAGCUUAAGUAAAAAAGAUGCUUCUUUUCAUAGUUCUUCAGCUCCUGCGCUUGACUUGAAUCACAAAGAUAGGAUUCACAGCGGAAAGGAAGCCACAAAGAAGAGUGUAACUCCAUUUUUUGACUUGAACCAGAUUUCGAGAGAAGAGGAGGAAUUAGAAGGAAACAAUCAGUCCAUGUGGAUUGAAGAACAAAAGAAGAGUACACAAAGAGUUGUGAAUGAGGAACAGCACAAUGAUAUCAAGCUUUCAGUUUGUAGAAACAUUGGUGAAGGAUCAAGUAGGGCAGGGAAAAGGAAGAUUUCAUGGCAAGACCAAGUUGCAUUAAGGGUUUGAUUGAUCAUAUUAGUACAGUAACAUUUGGCUGAGCUCAUGCCAAUUUGGAAUGUGUAGUAGAUAUUUUACCUUUCACCAAAACCAUUCUAGUUUUAUGUUUUUCAUCUUUGUAAAGAUAAAAAAUAUACCCUAUAGAAUCAUGUCAUAUGUUCAAUAUAUAUAUAUAUAUAUUAGAUGGAAUGAAGAAUUUAACAUCUGAAAUCA